GCAAGAACAAUUAGAUGAUGACAAUAUUAGAAAAAUUUUCAUUGACGACACAAAGGAGCGCUGGUUUAAUAAGUUUACAGUAGAAGUUGAAGAUGAGGUUCAACAAUAUCUGGAUAAAUUUCAAAAUUGUACAACGUUAGAUGAAUUGCGUCAGACUCUUCUUGAAAAUCCUGUUUAUGAUGGGAAAAAUAACAAUUUCAAUAUCAAAUAUGUAUAUCCUUUAUACAAAUGAUAUUCUAAGUAGGACAAUGACUGAAAAUGAGUAUUUUACUUAUGUCUGGAUACCGUUGAUUAGUUUUGCAUUUUUAGGAAAAGAUGUGAUGUUUAUUUCUAGACUUAAAAAGCUUGUUAAGGCGCAAGACCCAAAGGUUGAUUCCGAAGUAACUACCAUGUCAUCUGGUGUAGAAGUUAUAUUUCAAGAAAAUGUGAAAAAUGGUACUCAAGCAAGUGACCCUUCAAAAUUGGAGUACUGUACCAAAAUUUUACUUUUAGAAACUAUAUGUAUUUUCGGACUAUCAGAUAUAACCAUUCCACAAACAGUCAAUGAAUUUCCACGAUGUUUAAAGGCUCUAUACAAGAUACUUUCAUGGAAGUCCCGUUUACAAAGGAAUGCUAAGAAUUUUCACGAACUAUUAGGAAAAACUUCAACUAAACCGUAAUAAUGAUUUUUCCUUUAAAUACAAUGUAAUAAACUGAAAUUAGCUUGUUUAAGAUAUACAUUAAUAGAUAUUAUAUUUCCUCAAAACGGAAAAUUUAUUAAUGUCAUAAUAAAUUACGUUGUUACAAGUAUUACAUGGCUACAGCCCUAUAUUACUGAUUCUCUUUUGAAAUAAUCUUGGAUCCUAUAACGUAUCCCACAUAAUAUUUUGUUAGAAUGCGAUGUAUCUUGUUUUAGUGUUCGGUUUAAUUAUGCAUCAUGAAACGAAACAUCAAAACUACUUAUCUAAUAAUAGGUUCAUGGAUUAAUAUGGACUAAUCUUGACAGAACCAACAAAGCCUAAACAGAAAAAC